CUCCAUUAUACCCAGGUGUGCAUAGCUGUGACUCUUCUGUAGCAAUUUCUUGUGUAUCUUUCUGCAAGUAUGCCUUAUAGACACACUAACUUUCCACCAGAGAAAAUCUGCUGGAGUCAACUUGCAAUUAAGGAGACUAGAGAGAAGAAAGGGGUUGGUUGCUUCAUCUUUGUUCUUGUUUUGAUGGCAUUCCCCAGUUUAACCCUUUUGCGUCCACCAAACCCGGCCAAUUUACAGUCCGAGCGACAGACCGUGUCCCAUUUUGAUCAUAACUUUGACUUCCCUUGGGCGAAUUAGGAGAUCUUGAGUGUUUUGAAAAGCUUGAGCUGUGAAGAGUACUCUGGGGCAAGAACCUAGUCUUGAUUUUUGUAAGAGAAGCGAAAAUCCAUUUUUAAUUCAUAUUUCCAAGGUGACAGUGACGCAUGGCUAAUCCUUUUGGAGGUAUUUAUAGUCCCAAGUGUGCACUUGUAAGCUGACAUAUUGUAGGUAUACCAUUUGGGAAACCUUGAUGUCAAGUUCUAGGAGGAAAGCAUAAUUAUUCAUUUCCAAAGUUACACCAUGGGAAACUUUGUUUCGUACGCGUUGCAAAAACAGACCUGCUUCAGAGGCUUAUAAUUUUUUUGGGGGCAUGAUAUGAGUCAUAGGACUCUCUGUUUUUUUUGCACAUCAAAGGUUGGCCUUUUGUGCUUCUUUUGACACUUAACUUGUACCAAUUGGAUACAAAAUGAGUGAGUUGCAGUCGGUUAAAGUCAUCGACGGAUAGUCGUCGAUUUUUGACCAAACGGACGCAAAAGGGUUAGCAUAGAUACAGUCGGGUGUCGGUUAUCCGAACUUCACUUAUCCGAGCAUGUCGAUCAACAGAACCAAUGACCUUCUAUUCAUUGCCAUUCACAUCUUUCCCAAGCACGUGUGGAUUUGUGCAUGCAAUACGGUGCAAAUUCCGUGCACCUGCGUAUCAUCAAGGUUCCACUGUAGUAAAAUGGCGAUUGCACUUUGGAAAACCUUGUGAAAUGAACACUAUAUGGUGCAAGACUAUGGAUAGAUCGGCUCCGGUUACCUGAAUUACUCGUUGAUCCUAACAGAAGCGGGUCCCAACCACUUGUCCGUAUAAACGACACACGACUGUAUACGUAAUGGAAGUGGCCAGUUCUUUGCCAUCACGGCUCUUGCCAAGAAACUGUUGGCCUGGCAGUAGCCCUGUGUAUAUACUCAUUCGCCUUGAGUGAAUGGCAUGCAUUGUAUGCAUUGUUGUUUUCUCAAUUGUUGCUCUCUGUCUUUGUUCCUAACCUCUCAAUCAGCUACUUCUGUCGUGAAAUUCACCAGCGCCGCUUCUUCCAGGCCCUUCUUGCCACUAGCCAUGGCUAGACUGCCUCUGAUCGGCUGUAGACCACGCUCCCAUAUGGAGUUGUGUAGAUGUGUAGAGUUUCUUAGGCAGCACCAACAUGGUGCUUAGAGAGAGAGAGAGAGUCUUUUUGCCAUAAGGUGGCUAACUAGAUGUAGGAAGGUCAGGACGUAGUUAGUAGGCUCUUAGCGCACAGGUUGAGUGCUUCAGGUUGUAGUUGCUUUUCGCUCUGGAUGCUGGCUGCAGACUCAGGAAGUAGUAGCUUCAUCACCGUCGCGUGUGUUCCGGGAGAAGUAUCAUCCAGUUAUCAAGAAGGACCGGGAUACUACAGUGCGUCAGCAGUUGCGCACUCGGGUCAACGCUUUUGUCGACCUGAUGGACUCUGGCCGCUUAGACAAGAUUGGGCUCGAUGCUGAGAAUAUGGAUGGCAUUGUCAGGCUGCUGGAUGCAGCUAUGAUAAAGAUGGAAGGUGGCACUGACAAUGAUCUCCGGAUUCUUGACAGGCCUCCCACACCACCUCGUGAGCGCAAGAAGAGCAAGUCGUCUCCGUCUCGUUCACCGGAUCGCAAGAAAUCGAUCAAGAAAGCCGAAGGAAAGCCCAAGGCCGGGGCCACUGUUGAUCCACCGUCACCCUCUUCUGUACCGCUGCCUUCAGAUCCACCACCACAGAAAGAGAGUGUUGAUGCAAAUGCUGCAGCUGCUGCUGUAUCUGCUCAGGAAGCAGCGGAGAAAGCAGCCAAAGAGAAGCAGCGCGAGGAAUUCUUGAAGAAACAAGAGGCUUUUCAACAACAGCAAAUUGCGCAGAUGGCAGAGCAAAUGGCUGCCGAGCAGGCUAAGGCAAAGAAAGAGAAGAGAAAGCAUCGUCGCCACCACCGGGACGCAUAUAGUUAUGAUACUGAUGAGAGCGAAACUGAAGAGGACAGCGAUGAAGACGAUGAAGCUGAUGAGCCAGCUCCACCUGGCGUUGAGCCUGCGCCACCGGGGAUGGAGACGGCAGAAGAUAGUGCCGCUGCAAAUGGUGACGGUGACAAUGAUGCCAGCGCUGACAGUGAGCCUGCAGUUCCUGGUGUUACUGAUGCUGCUGCUGCCCCGGCCAUCGGCGAUACUCCAGUGGAACCUGCACAAAGAGAUGAUGAAACAACGCAGGCUAGUGACGAGGUGCCUCCUGGGACUGAGAACACGACAUCAUUCGAACAAGCAGCUGCAGCACCAUCUGAUGCAACUACCUCAUCUGCAGCAGCAGCAGCGGGCGAAAGUGCUUCCGGCGAUGAAGGAAUGUGUGAUGCAGAGGAUGGUGAAGACGCUGAAGAUGAAGAAAAUCAUGGCGGGGACAAUUCACAGUCUGGAGAUGAAGCCAUGGAGGACCUUCCAGAGCCUAGACCAUUGCAUCAAACUCGCUCCCUGCACAUCCGCAAUCUCCCUCCCUCUGUUACCAGAGCUGAGCUGAUAGCAAUUGGGAAGAAGACUCCCGGAUUCUUGCGUGCCGCUCUUGGUGAACCAUCUCCUGAGAAAAAGUUCCAACGACGUGCAUGGCUGACCUACAAGAAGGAUGUGAACAUCAAUGAAGCACACUGGAGUAUUAAUACUAUGAAGCUCAAGGACCACGAACUGAACGUUAUAACCAACCGCGAUGUGACCAAUCGUGUGCGCAAUGUGUCACACCUGAGCCUGUCGCGCCAGGCUGUAGCGGCUGACAUUCGUCUUGCUACCAGGCUCAUCAGGCAUCUUGACAGCAAGUACAGCGUGUAUGAACUGGAGCCAGAACCAGAGACUAAAACCUCUACUGAAGAGUCAAGCGAAGCAGCCACGACCGAGAGUGAGGAGGAGCCGGCGGAGACGAAGGUGCCAGUUGUCAAGCUAUGCAUUUCCUCUAACCCACUACUCAGCACUGAUUCAGGUGAUGGACGAGUAGAGGGUGGCGUCACUUCAUCUACAUCCAGUACUAACAUGUCAUCUUCUUUGAGUAGUUCAUCAUCAGCACCAGCAACAACAUCAACAACAAGUGAUGGUGAGACUGCUGCCAGCGAUGAUGAAGAUGGCACAGUCAAAGAGGAGAAAUCUACAGGACCUGUUGUCAAUACUGGCGGAAUGUUUAAGCGUGAUGACAAGCAGCUUCGGCUCCUGGACAGGCUUCUUCUGUACUUGCGUCUUGUUCACUCCGUGGACUUUUACCAAACAUCGGCGGUGUCAGAUGAACAUGAUAUGCCACACAGAUGUUGUGUGAUCCAUGUGCGAGGACCUGUCGUACAGACAUUCAAAGCAUCUCUCAAGGACGUUACUGAAUAUAUCAAGGCACAUGAAGACAGUAUGGCAGUCUUGCUCAAAACUCGUGGAGAAGUGUCUUCUGAUGAAGCAAGGCAGCUUGGUCUGAAAUCGAUCGAUACUGCCGUGGAGGCUUUUGUUGACGAUAAUUGUAAGGAGGUAAGCAAGGACAAGUUCCUCUGCCCACUCAGUGGCAAGAAGUUCCGCGGGCCUGAAUUUGUUCGCAAGCACAUCUUCAACAAGCACGGUGAUGCUGUGCAAGUCGUACGAGACGAUGUGACGUUCUUCAACUCGUUUUUGCGUGAUCCGGAUCGACCGCACAUUCCGCUGGCGAGCGCAAGCUCUGGUGGCGCUGGUAAUGGUGGUUCAUCGCUGCCUGUUCGGGCUCGCUUGGGCCGGGCUGGCCCUGGGGGGCCCAUGCCUGGUGGACCUGGUGGUCACCCAGGAAUGCAAGGUGGACCCAACCCUGGCUUUGAGUACCCGCCCGAAGGCAUGUACGGCCCGGGACCUGGAUUCAUGGGUGGCUGGGGUGGACCACGACCGCAUGUCAUGGGAUACAAUCCUCCCUUCAUGCCAGGUAUGUUCAACCCGUUUGGUGGUCCACCGAUGGAAAUGUUUGGUAGGCCUCCCUUCCCACCAGGCGGUCCGAGAGGCCGUGGAAGGCGCGAUCGUCGUCUCAUGGACUACAGAGAUCUGGACCAACCGGAGGACGUGGAUUUCUAAGAGCAACCCUGGAGGACGCGGAUUUGUUUCUAAAGAGCAACAACCCUGCUUCUUUGGCCAGGCUCCGUGUCCUGCUUUGCUUGACAGCACAUCAUGUUGAGGAGCCCCCGAGGUUGUCAGUUUGCUCCACAUUCUGCCUCGCUGGGUUAGUACGUCUCUAGGCCGAGUGGCCUUCUAAUUCUGCCUUCCCGGAUUAAUUACGAGUAGCUUCUUCUCGCAUCCGGACUUUAUUGGAAAGAUCACCCCCUCGCGUAUUGAUGUUGUUGUUGUUGUGCAUAGUGUAUUGUGCUGGUCACCACUAAAUAAUACCUGCUGCUAUGCCGGUGCUGUUGUUAUUCCUUGCUGCUGCUGCUGCUGCUGCUGCUGCUUCCGUUGCAUUUCUGUUAUAUUUCUACAUUUCCAUUCGCACUGCCACCGGCCCUCUCCAUCCCAUCGUGUUGAACACCGACAGCAGCAGGAUGCAUGAUGUUUUUAUUAUGCGUAUCGAGUGAUUUUCUGUUGGA